UCCAUUCAUUCAGUGAAUUCCAUUCCUAUUUUUCUUUCUUUUUUCGCUGUGAGAGCGGUGUGCCGAGAGCUGCCUGCCAAAAAACUUAAUUUUGUAUUAUUAAAAUCAUAAGAUUUUAACAACUCAGAACAGACAUCGUUUCAUCAGCCACUGACCAUGUCGGAACCUGGGAGAGGUCGUUCCCGUGGGCGUGCAGGAAGAGGUGGUGACAAUGCUGGGCCGCCUCCCCGUAAACCCGGCGAACAACAGCAACAGAGGCCCCCACAGCAACAGGGGCCACCAGGCCCCCGGCCACAACCACCAACCGCUUAUGGUGCUCCCGCAAUGGGGCCGCCUGUGCGAGCUGGAGUGCCUGUGGCCGCCUCGCCAGCAGGCCGCGCCUCUCACCGACCAACACCAACAACACAUCAGGAACACCCUGGAGAUGUAGACGUACAGGAAAGAAUGCGGAGCAUGCAAAUCAGUACUCCACAAGUCGGUGCUGGUGAAAGUGCCUCUGUGAUUGGCCGUGGAUCUCGGCGUGGCGGGGGCAGGAUUUUACCUGAACAAAUAACGAUUUUGCGCACUCGCCCAACAACAAUUCAGUCGAAGAAGGGAACCUCGGGAACGGUAAUCGAUCUGAAGGCCAACUAUUUUACUGUUAACACCACACCCCAAUGGCGCCUUUACCAGUACCAUGUCGAUUUUUCCCCGGAGGAAGACAAUACCGCGGUUCGCAAAGGCUUACUGCGGGUCCAUGCCAACACUCUCGGAGGGUACCUGUUUGAUGGAGCAGUAUUGUAUACUGUUAAGCGCUUACACCCUGACCCAUUAGAGUUGUACUCUGAUAGGAAAACUGAUGGUGAAAGGAUGCGAAUUUUGAUAAAGUUGACAUGUGAUGUAAGCCCAGGGGACUAUCACUACAUUCAAAUAUUUAAUAUAAUUAUAAGGAAAUGUUUCCAAUUGUUAAAUCUGCAACUUAUGGGCAGAGAUUACUUUGAUCCUGUUGCUAAGAUUGAUGUCCCUGAGUACAGAUUACAAAUAUGGCCAGGAUACAAAACCACAAUCAAUCAGUAUGAAGAUAGAUUACUGAUGGUAACAGAGAUUACCCACAAGGUUCUACGUCUUGAUAAUGUGUUGCAAAUGCUCAGUGAAUAUGCUGCAACAAAAGGCAGCAAUUAUAAAAAAAUAUUUUUGGAAGAUAUUGUUGGUAAAAUCGUCAUGACUGACUAUAAUAAAAAAACCUAUAGGGUGGAUGACGUAUCAUGGCAAGCAUCGCCAAAAUCAACUUUCAAGAUGCGUGAUGAAAAUAUAACGUACAUGGAGUACUACCAGAAAAAAUACAACAUCCGCAUCCACGACGGCGGGCAGCCGCUGCUGAUCUCGCGCUCGAAGCCGCGCGACAUCCGCGCCGGCAUGCCGGAGCUGGUGUUCCUGGUGCCGGAGCUGUGCCGGCAGACGGGGCUGACGGACGACAUGCGCGCCAACUUCAAGCUCAUGCGCGCGCUCGACAACCACACCAAGAUCGGCCCUGAUGUACGCAUUCAGAAACUGUUGAAGUUCAACCAACGAUUGACCAGUUGUCGUGAAGUGGUUAAGGAAAUGGGUGAUUGGUCUCUUACUCUUUCCCAUGAACUUGUCAGUUUUAAAGGUCGGCAACUUCCCCCUGAAAAUAUAGUCCAGGGAAAUAAUGCCAAGUACCCAGCUGGCGACACAACAGAAGGAUGGACAAGAGAUAUGCGAUCGAAACCUCUAUUAGAUAUCUCACAAUUGCCAUCAUGGGUGGUCAUAACUCCAGAAAGACAACGAAGAGAUGCUGAAGGAUUCAUAGAUUUAAUUAUGAAAACUGCUGGGGGUGUGGGUUUCCGAAUGCCCAAACCUGAAAUAAUACCCAUCAGGAAUGAUGGACCUAUGGAAUAUGCAAAUGCUUGUGAGAACGCAAUUGCCCGCAAGAAUCCCGCUAUGAUCCUAUGUGUGUUGGCACGCAAGUUUGCAGACAGAUAUGAAGCGAUCAAAAAGAAAUGCACCGUAGAUCGUGCUGUGCCUACUCAAGUAGUUUGUGCUCGAAAUAUGACCAGCAAUUCUGCAAUGUCUAUUGCAACUAAAGUUGCGAUUCAGAUUAAUUGCAAGCUUGGUGGUGCUCCGUGGCGAGUGGAAAUACCUCUACAGAGCAUCAUGGUCAUCGGCUACGAUGUCUGCCAUGACACUCGCUCUAAAGAAAAGAGUUUCGGUGGAUUUGUUGCAACACUUGACCGGCAUUUGACGCGCUACUUCUCAGCGGUGAACUCGCACACCUCGGGUGAGGAGCUCAGUGCCCACAUGGGCUUUAAUGUGGCCGCGUCUCUACGCAGAUACAGAGAAAUAAACGGUGCACUGCCACAGAGGAUAUUUAUUUACCGGGAUGGUGUUGGAGAUGGCCAAAUACCAUAUGUGCAUAGUCAUGAGGUGGCAGAAAUAAAAAAGAAAUUAAGUGAGAUAUAUGCAGAAAUGGAAUACAAGAUGGCUUAUAUAAUCGUUUCCAAGCGUAUCAACACGCGUAUAUUUCUGGACCGCGGCCGCAAUGGUGAAAACCCGCGCCCCGGGACAGUAAUUGAUGACGUAGUGACGCAGCCAGAGAGAUACGACUUUUACCUGGUGUCACAAAACGUUAGAGAAGGCACCAUAUCUCCUACAUCUUACAACAUAAUUGAGGAUACUACCGGACUGCACCCUGAUAGGAUGCAAUGGUUGACUUACAAGCUGACUCACUUGUAUUUCAACUGUUCUUCUCAAGUGCGAGUCCCGUCUGUGUGCCAGUACGCCCACAAACUGGCGUUCUUGGCUGCAAACAGCCUUCAUAGCCAGCCACAUUACACUCUCAGUGACACGUUAUAUUUCCUGUAAAAACGAUAGCAUUAAGGCGGGGGUCCAGACAUGUAUCAUUAUCCGUCCACAUAUGCGAUCAUGAUACGCGUCGAUUCGGAUUGGGCAAAUGAUACAUGUCUGGACCCGCCUUUAUGUGUACAUGUUAGUGUGGAUAUUCGAGGAAUGCCCUCAUCUAUUGUGAUUAAAGAAAACCUGACUGUUAAGAUAUUAUGACAAUAGUUAGUUUUUUGGUCCUCUGGACAGUAAAAAUUCUAUUUUCUUACCAAACUGGGUAAGCCUAGUUAGGUUUUAUAAAAGUACUCGUAAGUUUUUGAACGACAUUACUCAAAAAAAGUAUAAUUACAAGAACUCGAAUUUUAGGUUUAGUUGGGACUUGUGUUUACGCAGUCCAUUCUGAUUAUUUUUAUUACCUCAUUUCUUAUUUUUGUAUGUUAUUAAGAGUAGUUGUUGCAGAGGCAGCUCGUAACCUGCAACAAAACUUGUUAUGUUGAUUAUAUUUUAGUUAAACACGCUACAGUCCUCUACCACCGAGCAAAAAGCGCUUUUAAUGUGAUGAAAGUUGUGAAAUUUUAUUUUGUGUUGAUUUUUGCAAUUUAUGUGU